ACAAUACAAUAAUACUAUGUAAAUAUUAUUUAUAAUGUAUUUCUUUUAAUUUCUCUAAGGACUGAUGGCUAAUUAUUAGGCUUUCAUUAAAAAAUUUACACAGAAAAAAUUAUGGAUUAUGAUAAAGAACUUUUGAUGGAGCUGUUUCUGGAUGAUAAUGUGUCAAACAUGAAUAGAUUGAUAGUAGCUGCUGCCAAUGUUAUUAAUGAAAAUAACGAAAAUAUUUCUAGUAUGAAUGAAAUAAUUAUGAAAGAAGAUGCUAAUCAAAUAAUAAGGACAGAAAACAGAGAAUUUGUUAGGCGUUCUCUUUCUUAUAGCAGUAAAAACUUUUAUGAAGAUAUUGUAGUAAAGUAUACUGAUGAAGAUUAUGCUGAAAAAUUUAAGAUGAAAAAGACUACUAUACAGGCCCUAAUUAAUCACCUUCGAGAAUAUAUAAAACCUUGCUCAUCAGUUAUACCUUUGGACAAGAAAGUUCACAUAUUUUUAUGGCUUCUCACAUCUGAUUCUUCUUAUAGUGAUGUUGCUGAAUUAUUUGGCAUGCACAAAUCAUCUGUAAGCUAUAUUUUUCAUGAACUUGCCACUCUGCUAUCUGAACAAAAAUACCAUUUUAUAAAUUGGCCUUCUUUGGAAGAACAGCAUGUGACUAGAAUCAAAGUAAAUAGUAGAUUUGGUUUUCCCAAUUGUGUCGGCUUCAUAGAUGCUUGUCGCCUAAGAGUCAGGUCAAAAACAAAUCAGAAGGGCAAACCAGAAAUUAUACUUUUACAAGCAGUAUGUGAUGAGACACUUAUGUUUUUUGAUAUCCAUAUAGGACAGAUUGGAAGUACACAUAAGAAUAGGGUGUAUAGAGAAAGCCAGUUGGCUCAUGAAAUGAAAAAUUUUAUUGAUUUUGACAACCACAUAUUGGGAAAUUCAGAGUACAAGCUAAAAAAAAAUUUGAUUACACCCUUUACAAGUGAUAUUCCAUUGACAAGUGAAGAAACAAAAUUCAAUGAAAUACACUGGAAAGCUAGCACAUAUAUUGGACAUGCCUUUGAGAUACUUAAGGAUAGAUUCAAGAAACUAAAUUCUAUUGACAUAAAUAAGACAGAUGCCAUACAUACAUUGAUUUGUGCAGCAUGUGUAUUACAUAACUUUGUAUUAUUACAUGAAGGUAGUAACUACUUGAAGGAAGAAGCAGUAAUUAAUAAUGAUGGUGUAACCAUAGAUCCAAAUUUAGUUAAGACAGCUGCAGAAAAACGUAAAUUUCUCUGUAGUUAUAUUAAUUACAUGGAUGGCGCAUAGUGUU